GCGCGGUGCAGGAGCAGGGGCAUGAGGGGUGGGUUCAUAUGGGUAGAAGGGUCCGUGCUAGCUUGACAUCAGUGUGGUUUAAAUACCCACGGGGGAACCGAGUGGAGAGGGUCCAUCCCGUUCAGAGAUGGCAGUGAAUGUAGAACAACAUUCAUAUAGCCGCUAUGAGCUGCUGGCUUGGCUCAAUGAAACUUUACAGACGGGCUUCACCCAGGUGGAGCAGGUGUGCACAGGUGCAGCCUAUUGCCAGCUGAUGGACUGGUUAUGUCCUGGGUCCCUGGACCUUUCCAGAGUCCGGUUCCAGAGCAAUAAAACGGUGGACUCUAUCCACAACUACAGUUUACUGCAAGCUGCAUUCAGAACAGCUAGAGUCGUCCGACACAUCCCAAUUGAGGCGCUGAUUAAGAGGAACCCGACAGUGGCUCUGACCUUCCUGCAGUGGUUCAAGAUGUUUUUUGAUGAGAACAACAAAGGCAGGGAGUAUCACGCCUUGGAGGCCAGAGGGGGACAGAGCAUGAAUAUGGUUGCUGCAGACUCAGAUGACCUCUCCUCCCCGACCCCUCAUCAGAAACUGGAGAUUAUUGUGAAAAUGGAAGGAAAGACAGUGGAAGAACAAAAGGAAGAGAAACCAGGAGACAAUUUGAACAGGAAUGCAGAUGUGGUGCUGAUAUCUGAUGAUGAUGAGGAUAAUGUGAUGGAUGUGAUGAUGGAGCCGAAAAUGGAGAUAUCGGAGAAAGAACAGUGUGCUCAGGAGACGAAGAGAGUGGAGCUAAAAGAAGAAACAGAGGACAAGAGAAGUCAGGGGAAUGGUUUCUGUAGCAGCGACACUUUGCUGCGCUUCAUCAGAAGAUACUGUUGUGACAAUGUGGACUCAAACUCAACCUUCAGCACAAGUACAGGCACGCAAAAUUCAAUCUCGGCCAUCUUGAGUCCAUCCCACUUGAAGGACAUCAUCCAGGCCUGCUCAGACACACCGUACUGCCUCUACCUCUACAUGGGGGUGGAGCUGGGUGAAGGACAGAGCACGAGCGUAGUCCUGAUUGGCUACUUUGACCAGAACUCAGGGGUCAGUGUGGUGAGGCCGCUCGACACUCUGCAGAUGAGUGUCGACAUCGCUGAUCUGCAAGCCUCAGCAGCUGACACUCUGGCAUACUCCGAUGCAAAGCUACUGGUUGACAUGCUGUCGACAUCUGGCCUUUCUCUGCCUAACCUCGCUGUGUUUUACUGUAACGCUCCACACCCACAGGUUAGCCAUGUGUUCGUGUCCCAGCUCCAGGCUUUCAACCCAAGCUUAUUGUCACUCUGCGGCCUCCCUGGGAUGGCGGGAAGAGCGUGCCAGGCCGCACUCUCUGCUUCAUUUAGUUGCGUGGUCUACCUUGUUCGAGAAAUCCACCAUCACUACUCCUCCUACCCCUCUGUUAAUGACAGUCUGAAAGAGCUAUUUGCUGGUGAAGACACUUAUAACCCGUCGCAUCCCGUCUCCGAACAAUGUCUAUUUAUUAUCCGCACUGUGCAGAAGAUGGUCGACAGCUGGAGGGAUUUAGUGGAAUAUUUUAAGUCACUGAUGCAAAUGCCGGAGACCGACUGGAUCAUAACCCAGCUGAUGGAUUAUAAAGUUAAACUGCACUUCCUCUUCCUCUCCCAGUCUAUGGAGCCUCUCCGAGCUCUCCAGGAAGUGCAGCAGUACGGCACCGCAGACGUGGCCUCGGAGCUCCAGCUGACCUCCAUAUUGCUUGAGUCGUAUGCAGGCAACAUCCUCCGACCCCCUGUCGCCGAGCACUUUCUCAGGAGACCGGACCUGUAUCUCCUUCACAAUGGGAAGGAGCUGCUCCCCAUGACAGACGCGAACGUUGGUUCUCGUGCCCGAGACUUCUUGUGGGGCACUGCUGUCGUGGAUCUUGGGGAACAGGAGAGGAGUGACUUCCUGAAGUGUGCAGGGGCUUUCUACAGAGCAGCGCUGCAGAGUAUAGUGCUGAGUAUUCCAGAGCAGCUUGGAAACGUGGUCCUGAAGCAUAUCGCCACACUGCUGAAACUCCCAGAGAAGAUCAAUGAUAAGAAGUUGUCCAGACAUGUGCUGUCAGAGUUGGGAGUUCAGCUGGGUGUGUGUAAUGCCAGGUCUCCAGAGACCCACCAGCUGGCAUACGGCUACCUCAGUGUCAUGAAGACACUGAAAUGGGAACAGACAAGUACAGCAGGAGAAGCCCCUGAUUGGGCAAAGAUGUUGAACCGCAUGAGACCGUUUUCUACUCUGCACAGACUCUUCCUGACCUUCUUGGCCCUGCCAAGCUCGCUGUGCAGGAAACAGGUGUUUUCCAAGGUGAUCUGCAGCACCAAGGGAUCCCCCAGGGCUCCACCUCAAAGAGGGAGUCGGUCACGAAGACCCCGCAUCCGCAGAACCAGAAUUCCUGUCCAGAGAGUUUAUGGCAGGAAGAAGACAGGAGAGAAGGAGGAGGAUGAAGGAAGUUCAUCCGAUGAUAGCAACGGUUCUAUGGACAAAUCCAGUCUACAAAUUACUUCCAAACACUACAGCAGAAUGGAGGAGUCAGACUACACAGAUAAUUCCUCUGACGUGGUUGAUGUCACGGGGGAGUCAGAAGAAAUUCAGAGCAGCAUAGUAGUAAAGGCAGAGAGCAAACAAAGUCCACAGGCAGAGAUUGUUGUCAUGGUGAGCAGCGGUGGUGAAGAUGGUGGUGAAGAUGACAACAUGGUUUCAACAAGCACGCCGUCGGACUCUGCAGAAUUUCUGGAUGCGAAGGGGGCGCUGGUGUGGGGUAAGGCGGUGGGCUUUUCUCUCUGGCCAGCCAUCAACAAGAGCAGUAAAGAAGAGUAUCCGCUGAAAAUGGUGGAGUGGUACGGACAGAAACUGUCCUCUCUGGUCAGAUUGGAAACUCUGAAACCGUUAGCGGCCUUUAGCCAGCACUUCUGUUCCAACUCCUUUGCCACCCUCGUCACCUACCGAGAAGCCAUUUUCCUCUCACUGGAGGAGGCAGCACUUCGCUGUAAGAAACGGUUUUCUGCGUCUCCCGAGGACAGAGAUGAGCUGCUGAAGCAGAUGAUGGACUGGGCCUUUGAAGGCUUUCAACCCUCCGGACCAGACGGAUUCAAACCAACGUCUUUCAUAAAUGGUGAUGGUAAAACAUGCGACAGACCGAAGGUGAAGAGGAAUGUCUCCUCUUCUCACUCCUUCAACUCCUCCGCCCCUACGAGCAGCAAGAGCCCUGUGAGGGCUGAGAUGAAAGAAGUGACCGUCUCCCUGAACAAACUGUCGUGGAACUCCAUAGAGAAGUUCUCCCCCAAAGGACAAGAUGGAAAAACCGCACGGGAAGAAGGAUUAAAUUCGUUGGGGAAAGGCACCAGAGGAGUCACGAGGGAUAGGGGAUCCAGAGGAGGAUGUGCUGCGGCGAAACAAGAGAAGGGAGGAUGGGAAGCAAAGAAAGUGGACUGGGGGGGAAGAUGGGAGAAGGUGAAAGGUGGAUGGGGAAGAGGGAAGAGUAGGGGAGGGUGGAAUAGGGGAAGGGGACAGAGGAAGAAAAGCAGUGAGUUCGAUUGGAUUGAUGACGACAUGUCGCCUGACUUUGUGCUGAACAAGAAGAAGAACUUCACCAAAACGUACAACAAGGUCCACCAGGCGAGCAGCGUCUACACCCAGCCGGACCAGAAACUCAGAGAAGAAACCAUUUGUAGGAUCACAGACAUGAAACUGGACAUCGAGGGCUUCUGUCUGUGUUGCGGAAGUGAAAACACAGCAAUAUUCCACCCUCUGUUUAAAGGCAGCCUCUGCUUAGAGUGUAAAAAUAACUUCACAGACACGCUUUUUCGUUAUGACGAAGAUGGAUAUCAGUCCUACUGUACCAUCUGCUGCUACGGACUGGAGGUCAUACUGUGUGGCAACGACAGUUGCUGCAGGUUGGACUGUUCAUCUCUUCUACAUUUUAAUAUUCUACAGCGUAUAAAAAAAAAGGGGAACGAGUUGAGUCUAGAUUUUCCUUCACCACCCCUCCUCUCCAUCUGCAGGUCAUACUGUGCCGACUGUCUGAACAUCCUUGCCGGUCCGGGGACGUUCCAUUCGCUGAAGCCGCUGGACCCGUGGAUCUGCUUCCUGUGUCAGCCUCACCGAAGCCACGGUGCUCUGACUCCCCGGGAGGACUGGAGCAUUCGUGUUCAGGAGUUCUUCGCCAACAACAGCGCCAUGGAGUUUGAGCCACACCGCGUUUACCCGUCCAUCCCCGCCAACCUACGCAGACCAGUUCGAGUUCUCUCACUGUUUGAUGGCAUAGCAACAGGUUACCUGGUGCUGAAGGAUCUUGGCUUUAAGGUGGAGAAAUAUGUCGCCUCCGAGGUCUGUGAGGACUCGCUCGCCGUGGCGGUCAUCAACCACGAUGCGAAGAUCAUCCACGUUGGUGACGUCCGUUUCAUCACCCAGGAAAACAUUGAGCAGUGGGGUCCGUUUGAUUUGCUGAUCGGUGGCAGCCCCUGUAAUGACCUCUCCAUCGUCAACCCGAUCAGAAAAGGCCUCUACGAGGGCACUGGCCGGCUGUUCUUUGAGUACUACCGCAUCCUUCAGCUGCUGAAGCCCAAAGAGGAAGACCCCAGGCCAUUCUUCUGGCUGUUUGAGAAUGUCGUCUUCAUGAACACACACGACAAAGUCAACAUCUGCCGCUUCCUGGAGUGCAACCCGGUGCUGGUGGACGCAGUCAAAGUGAGUCCGGCCCACAGAGCUCGUUACUUCUGGGGAAACAUCCCAGGGAUGAGCAGGCCCAUUGUAGCCUCUCAGAAUGACAGGCUGAGCCUCCAGGACUGUUUGGAGAUCGGCAGAGAAGCAAGGGUCACUAAGGUGAGGACGAUCACCACCAAUCCAAACUCUCUGAAGCAGGGUAAAAAUGUUUCUCUGCUGCCCGUCCUCCAGAAUGGCAAAGAUGACAAUCUCUGGAUCACUGAACUCGAAAGGAUCUUUGGUUUCCCCAAACAUUACACCGAUGUGAGGAACAUGAACCGGCAGCAGAGGCAGAAGGUGCUGGGGAAGGCGUGGAGUGUGCCGGUCAUCCGUCACCUCUUCGCUCCCCUGAAGGACUACUUUGCCUGUGAGGAGCUUUUGACCACAUCUACCACGUCCACUUCACUCUCCUCCACCUCCCUCUCCUUCCCUGCCUCUCCAGAACUGCAGCAACUGAGAUAGGGGGAGGUGCGUGUGUUUGUAGAGUGUUUUUCACUCCAUAUGGUUUUUAAGAACUAACUGGAGCAUAAAGGGUCUUUCUGCUAUUUUCAACAGCUCACAAACAAGCUUUUGUGCUUCACAGACACGGGGGCCAUUUGAUCCACUAUGCCCUCAAGUCUCUUGCAUCAUGUCACAUAUGUAGUUUCUGUGCAUAUCAGCCACUUAAGCCCCAAAGCCACUCUUUGUCUUGGAUAGAAAAGGCAGAUUGUGCUCCAUCCUCUUUUUGGAGGAGAGAAAGUCGAAAUGAACGGUGAUGCAUGCUGUUGAUUAUAUAUAAAUUCCAGCUGAUUUCCUCCUGUGUGGUCAAUGACCAUACGGUCAGUUUUUAGCAUUCAUGUUAUGAGAAUAUACAUGUCUACAUUAGGCAUUUUUAACGGGUUUGACCAUUUGAAAAAUAUCAAAAGAAAUCAUGUUAAAAAAGAAAUUUUUCGUUUUUUUUAUUCACUGCUGCUACAUUUGUGAUUUUAUUUAAUUUUAUAUAUGUAGGUUUGCAAAGUUUGAAUCGUGUCGCUGCUUUACUGUCAUGUUUGAACCAUGAUUGUUGUUCCAAGGAGAAAGGAAAGAAACUGCUUUACUUUUUCAUCAGAUUAACAUCAACUGCAGUUUAGAAAAUUUUAAAUCCUGUUAAACUCUACUGCUGUUUCCUAAUCCAAACCUUACUGAAUUGUCAGUGUUGCAUUCAGAAGAGAAAAUAGACUUUGAAACCAUUUAUUACAUAUUUUAAAAUCUUCUUUACAUCCUUUUGUAUAUUUUUGUGACUUUUCUCUGCCUUUUUUUAAAUCAGGGUUUUAGGGCUGCAGCUUCUGAUUUUUAAGAUCAUGUGGCAUUUUUAUGCCUUUUAUUGGAAAGGGAUAUUGAAGCCAAACAGGAAAUGUGGGAAAAGAUCACUUAACACUCAACUAUCUGGUCGUCCCACUAUUCAUCAUUUUUAUUAUCAAUUUAUCUGCCAUUUAUAUUGUCUAAUUAGUCAUUGAGCGAAUUUGGUAAAUUCACACUCCAAGGUAACAUAUUAUGCCCAACCAACACUCAGUACACUGAAUACAUUUAAGCUUUUUAUUGUCAUAUUAUUAUAUUGGGGGAAAAAAAGCAUCUAAUUCUAACAGUUGGGUAUUUUUGUUUACUAAGCGUUGCAGCUAUACGGGCAAAUGGAAAGUAUCGCAGUAAAGUUAUGUGUUAAAAGGACACAUUGAAUUUGUCAUUGAAUUGAAUGUCAUUUCUGCGUGUGUGUGUGUUUGUCUGUGCGUGUGCAUUGCCACUUUUGAACCAGAAAAACUGUGAUGGACAGAAAUGCCCUCUUUAUGUCGUUUGGUGCUAAAUGAUAACAAAGACAUGACUGAUGAUUAAUAUUAACAAUUUUUUGUUGUAUAAUGUUAAAAGUAACAAUGGGGAUUUUUUUAAUAAUCACAACAUAUUCAUCACUUAUUACCACUAUGUAAUACAAGUAUCAUGUAAUCAUCAUCUUCAGACUGUGACAAAUCUAAUCCAAGAAUUAUCCUUUGACUAAAGGUUGCUCAUUGGAUUCUUAAAUUAAAAUAAUUCAGUAGCAGAAACUCUGUUGUUUUCAUUGCUGCCAAUUUAUCAAAUCUUGAUAUUUUAUACUUUCAAUCCUAGACCACAGAAUACUAAUGCAGAGUUUAAUGAACAUGGGUUUUUGGGUGAGGGCAGUAAAAGUGGGCGCUUUAUCAUAUUUUUGCACACAACACCAAAGCAACAGAUUCAGACGUGUGAAGGUCUGAAUGCGGGCGUCUGUACGUGUUCCUCCAGUCCAGAUCCUCAUCUCUGUUCUGCUCUAACUACUGUUUGAUACUAUUUUUUGGGAUGUAUACAUGUUUGAACAUAGAUUGGUGCUCUGUAUGUAACCCAUUUGUCAUCCAUCGUCAAUGAAAGUUGUAUAUGUAGGCAAGUAACUGAAUGGAAACAAGGAAGACCAAUACAAGAUAUAACAAUUAAAACUAUUUUCAGUAGAA